AUGCACCCCUUGGCCUCCUCCCUGUCCCCCUCGGCCCCUCCCCUCCGCGCAGCCUUCCUCUUCUAUUCCCACCACACUUCUUCCGCACCCCAGCUCUAAACUGUGCCCACACCAAGCCCCACCUCCUUCAGCAAGCCUUUCGAGGUCUGCACUGGGAUCUCCCCUUCUUUCAUCUCCAACUGCACUUGGUGCUAAUACUUCACAGUAAACUGACCCUUGGUUUUAGUGCUACUGGAGGCACCUGGGGACAGCGGCGCGCAAGCUUUCGGGACCCCUGCGUCUCCCCCAAACACCGAGCUGAGCUUCUGCUCCUGCAGGGACCCGCCGCCGGGGCGCGUCGGCGUGCGGCCGUGUCCUAGUCGUCCUCCCCUCCUCCUUCGGCAUCUGCUCUGCAUUAGUCUGUCCCAGGCCUCCGCAGGCGCCGGUGAUUGAAUCAUCAUCAUUAACGAGGGCCUGCCCCCCUCCUCCCGGCGGCAGGGGAGGACGGCGGGGGGGAUGUAAGAUCACUACCAAGUCUCUAGGGGUUCCUCCUCCCGUCGCCCUCCCCGAGCCUCCGCAAAGCCCCGGGAAACUCCCGCUCUGGAGCCGGGAGAAGGCCCACCGUCGGAGGUAGCUCCGCAUUGUCUUGCGUCGGCCGACGAGAGCGACAUAACACGGAGAGCGCGGGAGGGGCUUUAGCGUGGUUGUCACCAGAGCUGGGCGACCCUGCGCGGUGGCGGGCGGAGACGCCCGGCCUUCGGGGGAAGGAGGAGGCAGGCUUUUGCCGGCUCCAAAAGUUCGUCCCGAGGUCCGGUCGGGUCUACGAUGAUUAUUACUGCAGGAGGUCAAUGAGAUAGGGCCCCUCCCCACACACCCCCCACUCCCCAAUUACCAACUGCGGAGGGGGAGGGGCCACUGGGGCUCAGGUGAGCACACGGGGGAGAAAGGACGUGGGCGGGGCCUUACGGAGAGUCAGCGAAUCCGAAAAGACCUAAGCCCUCGUUGCUCGGCGACAAGUCCCGCCCUGCAGGCGGCACCGGAAGUGGCAGGCCAGGAUCAGCCUUUAAGAUGGCGUCUCCUCAGGGGGGCCAGAUUGCGAUCGCGAUGAGGCUUCGGAACCAGCUCCAGUCAGUGUACAAAAUGGACCCGCUACGGAACGAGGAGGAGGUCCGAGUAAAGAUCAAAGACUUGAAUGAACACAUCGUCUGCUGCCUGUGCGCUGGCUACUUCGUGGAUGCCACCACCAUCACAGAGUGUCUCCAUACUUUCUGCAAGAGUUGUAUUGUGAAGUACCUCCAAACCAGCAAGUACUGCCCCAUGUGCAACAUCAAGAUCCACGAGACACAGCCACUGCUCAACCUCAAACUGGACCGGGUCAUGCAGGACAUCGUGUACAAGCUGGUGCCCGGCUUGCAAGACAGUGAAGAGAAACGGAUUCGAGAAUUCUAUCAGUCCCGAGGCUUGGACCGAGUCACGCAGCCCGGUGGGGAAGAGCCAGCCCUGAGCAACCUCGGCCUCCCCUUCUGCAGCUUUGACCAUUCGAAAGCCCACUACUAUCGCUAUGAUGAGCAGCUGAGCCUGUGCCUGGAGCGGCUGAGUUCUGGCAAAGACAAGAACAAAAGCGUCUUGCAGAACAAAUAUGUCCGGUGUUCUGUUAGAGCCGAGGUUCGUCAUCUCCGGAGGGUCCUCUGUCACCGCUUGAUGCUAAAUCCCCAGCAUGUGCAGCUCCUCUUUGACAAUGAAGUUCUCCCCGAUCACAUGACCAUGAAACAGAUCUGGCUCUCCCGAUGGUUCGGCAAGCCAGCCCCUUUGCUUUUACAGUACAGUGUGAAAGAGAAGAGGAGGUAGGGGCCAAGCCCCUGCUCCACCCCUCUCCCCGUCCCUCCCCAGAUAUUUAUGUGAAAUUGUGGCUUUAUUUUUUGAAAUAAAAACUUUUAAAAAGCA